AUGGGUGAAGCACUGAUGAAUUCUAAUAUUGAUGAUGAUGGUUAUUGUGAUGAUCAAAAUGAUUAUGUUCCAUUUCAUGAUGAUGAUGAUGAUGGUGAUGAUCAAAAUGAUUAUGUUCCAUUUCGUGAUGAUGAUGAUCCGAAUGAUUAUGUUCCAUUUCGUGACGAUGAUGAUGAUGAUGGUCGUGAUCAAGAUGAUUGUGUUUCAUUCCGUGAUGAUGAUGAUGAUCCGAAUGGUUGUGUUCCAUUUCAUGAUGAUGGUCGUGACCAAGAUGAUUGUGUUCCAUUUCGGGAUGAUGAUCCGAAUGGUUGUGUUCCAUUUCAUGAUGAUGAUGAUGAUGAUGGUCGUGAUCAAGAUGCUUGUGUUCCAUUUCGUGAUGAUGAUGAUCCGAAUGGUUGUGUUCCAUUUCGUGGUGAUGAUGAUGAUGAUGGUGAUCCGAAUGGUUGUGUUCCAUUUCGUGAUGAUGAUGAUGAUGAUGAUGAUGAUGAUGGUGAUCCGAAUGAUUAUGUUCAACUUCGUGAUGAUGAUCCGAAUGAUUUGGUUCAAUUUCGUGAUGAUGAUGAUGAUGAUGAUGAUCCGAAUGACUGUGUUCUAUUUGAAGAUGAUUGUGAUGAUGAUGAUGCUGAUGCUCGUGGCCGUGGUGCAAAUGAUCAUGCACACCGACAACCUUAA